AACACGGCCCCAGUCUGUGAAAAGGAUGGAUGGCCACCUCAGGAUAUAUGUGGUGCUACGUUGUGAAUCUGAAUGGAGAAUUUAUUACUUCAAGGACUGCAUACUCAAAUGAGCUACUAAUGAAAGCGCAUCAGACUCCUGAAAAAAAGCAGAGACUGGAACAGGUUUGACAGUCACCUUGAAGGUCACUUUAAAGAUCAGAACGGGAGGUGCUGCAAUGAAGUUGGACCCGUUGAGGCGGCCACACUGGAUUACAGGGAAGCGGAGGCGGAGGGAGGAAAUUACAGGAUUCAAUCCGAAGAAAAGGGGAUGCCGGAGAUGUGAGUGCCAUGCCCUUGAGCAGCCCACAGGAAGGUCAGAGGAUUGCUAUUUUUCUUACAAUGGAAAGGCUGGUUGUCUAUCUAUUGGUUAUUAGCACAGCUGUGAAGGCUAUGAUGUGUCCAAAACGAUGUAUGUGUCAAAACCUGUCUCCAUCCUUCACCAUCCUUUGCACAAAGACUGGGCUUCUGUUUGUCCCCCCCAGCAUUGACAGAAGAACAGCAGAACUAAGGCUAAUGGAUAACUUCAUCACCACCCUUAGGAGGAAGGAUUUUGCAAAUAUGACCAACCUUAUUCAUUUGACACUAUCAAGAAAUACAAUAAGUCAAAUUAUGCCUUAUGCAUUUUUUGAUCUUAAAGGCCUUCACGCAUUGCACUUGGAUAGUAAUAGACUGACUUAUAUCAAUGAGGAUCAUUUCAAAGGUUUAAUUAACCUGCGCCACCUAAUACUUAGUAACAAUCAAUUAAACUAUAUCUCCCCUGGGUCUUUAGAUGACUUCAUUGAAACCAUUGAGGAUCUGGAUCUAUCCUAUAAUAAUUUAGUUAAUAUUCCUUGGGAAACCAUUGGAAAGUUGUCUAAUGUCAAUACAGUGAGUUUGGAUCACAACCUCAUUGAGUUUGUUCCAGAAGGAAUCUUCUCAAACCUUCACAAACUUGCUCGACUGGACAUGACAUCCAACAAGCUGAAAAAGAUCCCCCCUGAUCCUUUGUUCUCGAGAAUACCUGUGUAUGCUAAAUCAAAAGGGUCUCCAUUAUCAUCUCUGGUGCUUAGUUUUGGAGGAAAUCCUCUGCACUGCAAUUGUGAAUUAGUGUGGCUGAGACGCCUCACCAGAGAAGAUGAUCUAGAAACAUGUGCCUCACCACCUGAGCUGAUGGGCAAAUACUUCUGGACCAUUAAAGAGGAGGAGUUUGUCUGUGAACCGCCAAUGAUAACCCACCGGACACCAAAACUGGUGGUCAUGGAAGGUCAAAGCGUCUCUUUGAAAUGUAAAGCCGUCGGUGACCCGGAUCCCUAUGUUCGGUGGAUCUCGCCCGAAGGGAAGCUGGUCUCCAAUACGUCUAGGACAAUUUCCUAUGAGAAUGGGACACUGGAUGUUUUAUCUACUUCCCUAACAGAAAAAGGCACAUUUACCUGCAUAGCAUCCAAUGCUGCUGGGGAGUCCACAGCUCCUGUUGAACUGGUUGUUAAUCCUUAUCCUAAUCUUGCUAACAGCACCAACUGUGACAAAGACGCUGAGCCGGGGCCUUCAGACAUUCUUAUAUCAGCCAAGUCAAGUUUCCCCAAUGAAACUAAAGCUCAGCAAGAGAAGGUUGUGGUUGCUGAGCUGACCUCAUCCUCUGCUCUCAUACAGUGGCCUUCCCAGCAUCACAUCCCUGGAAUAAAAAUGUACCAGAUUCAGUAUAACAGCUCUUCUGAUGACAUACUAGUUUACAGGAUGAUACCAGCUGCUAGUAAAUCUUUUUUCUUGACUGAUCUGGUGGCGGGACGCGAGUACGAUCUCUGCAUCCUGGCUGUCUACGACGACGGGUUGACAUCUCUGACCGCGACCAGGGCGAUCGGCUGCGUGCAGUUCACCACGCACGAAGAAUACAAGCAGUGCCGCUCUCUUCACGCGCAAUUUCUCGGAGGAACUAUGAUCAUCAUUAUCGGUGGGAUCAUCGUGGCUUCGGUUCUCGUUUUCAUCUUCAUCCUUCUCAUGAAGUACAAAGUCUACAACAACCACCACAAAAAUAAAAAUACUAAAGUCAGUAACGUCUGCUCUCAAACCAAUGGUAGCCAGAGCGGGUCAAUGGCGCACUCGACUUCCAAACUGACGGAGGGCCGGGAAAGUUUGCAUCAGGAGUGCUCAGGAACGUCCAGCAAAGGCAAAACUGUUGUCGACUUUGAUUGCGAAAGAGUGACUCUCACUGACACAACCUUUUUAACAACUGAUGCAGUAUCCUAAUAGCAAUGUGACAAGAGCACACACACACCAAGGUGGUAUCGCUUGAAACAUUUUAAUGCGAGUGGUUGUAUUUUAAGCUUCACUACUAUUGUCUAUUUUUAAGAUCAGAUGGUUUAAAAAAAAACUAUUUUUUUAAUCUGUAAAACAGUUCCUGCAUUCUUAACUAUUUUUGUUUCAAUAUAUUAAAUAUAAAG